GAAAAAUAUACUUCAAAUUUACUUCAAAAGAAAAACUCAAGAAGUUUUUUAGAAACAGAGCACAGAUAUUUCUCUAUCAACCAAACAAAAAUCUACAAAGACUAGAAGCUCCCUAAAAAGAAGAAAGAGAGAAGAAUCUCUGAGGAUCAAAACACAAUGUGUCUGGUGUGUUUAUGCGAUGAAGAAGAGACAGAGUUAGGGAGACAACAAGCACCUGGAUCGUGUCCGUAUUGUGGAGGUAAAGUGCAGAUGCUUGAUGUCGAAAGAAAAUGGAUGUUUUGUUUCGUUCCUCUUUGUUUCAAGAUCAAGAGGAAGUAUCUUUGUUCUUCUUGCGAUCGUCGUCUCGUUUUGUAUCAUUAAAAUAAAAUAUAUUAUUGAUUGUGUUUAAUGAUAAUUAAAGUCCAUUAAUUAGCGUUUUAAUCAAGGAAAUAUUCUUUUUU